CAUCCACCAAUUGGAGCCGGCAUGGGCGUGUUCCGAUUGUUCCUUGUUCCGUGUGGAAAGUUUACCGGCUCGGGUGCAAAGUUUCAGCCGUCUGCAAACUGGGGUUCGUCGGCAGACGUCUCUGGAAUAUGCUGGUAACAUCCAGGGUGUGUUCACACGGUUACUAGGCUUUAGUAUAUCCUAAGAAUCUGCCUCCGCUUGUAUUUAGAUGAAGCCCAGUGAUGCCAGAUAACAGUAGUGUGAAAAGACGUUGUUAGCAUCGUAUUGUCUCAGCCAGCUAGCUUAACAUAAGUCGUUGUUAGCUCGGUAGAACCACGGAGCUAGCUCGCUGAUGUCCUGGUGAUUCGUGGACGUGGGACAUAGUGAAGCGUUAUCUGACGUUUAGUUGAAGCUUGAAUCUACAAAGGACUGUAAGGAAAGAAAAAUGGCUUGCGAGCCAAAUCGUGUCCGUUUACUAUGUAUGCUCUCUUUGACUUUUGGCUUCUUCGUAGUGGAAGUAGUGGUCAGUCGUAUCACCUCAUCUCUGUCGAUGCUGUCGGACUCUUUUCAUAUGCUGUCGGACGUCAUCGCCCUGGUGGUCGCUUUGGUCGCGGUACGGUUCGCCGAGAAAACCCAUGCGACCAACAAAAACACCUUCGGCUGGAUUCGGGCCGAGGUUAUGGGGGCUUUGGUCAACGCCGUCUUCCUCACGGCGCUGUGCUUCACCAUCGUUUUGGAGGCAAUUGAGCGUUUUACCGAGCCCCACGAGAUCGAGAGUCCGGAGGUGGUCACCGGUGUCGGUGCCGCGGGGCUAUUGGUCAACUUGCUCGGACUCUGCUUGUUUCACGGUCACGCCGGCGGAGGCCACGGACAUUCCCACGGGGGCCACUCUCAUGGGGGUAAGAACAAGAGGGGAAAAGCCGGAAAGGCUGGGAAUGGGUCUUCCGGAGAAGAGACUAACAACUUGGUGGGAAAUCACAACAGCCCAGGUGAUACGAGAUCAAAAACAGAUGUCAGCUGUAAAGAGAGCUCAGAGGUGCAGAUGAAUGGCAACACCCACUUCGACGAGAUGGACCAUGACUCCUCGUCACAGCUCAACAUGCGUGGGGUCUUCCUGCAUGUGCUGGGCGACGCUCUUGGCUCUGUCAUCGUGGUGGUUAAUUCUAUCAUUUUUACAUUUGUGUGGAAGCCUUGCAAAUCCGGUGAGAUGUGUGUGAACCCAUGUAUCAACAGCCACACCACAGACCACCGUCAUGUCAAUCACACCCUUGUCGAUCUAAUGGAAAGUCCUACUUCGGUCGCCGGGCCUUGCUGGGUUCUCUACCUGGAUCCCACGCUGUGCAUCAUCAUGGUGACCAUCCUACUCUACACCACCUACCCACUGCUAAAAGAGUCGGCUCUCAUCCUGCUGCAGACUGUUCCCAAGCAGAUUAACAUGCACCGGCUCAACGAGCGGCUGCUGAGCCUGGAGGGCGUUCUGGCCAUCCAUGAGCUUCACAUCUGGCAGUUGGCUGGAAGCCGAAUCAUCGCCACGGCGCACAUCAAAUGCCACGACCCCACAUCUUACAUGGAGGUAGCCAAACGCAUCAAGGACUUUUUCCACGACGAGGGCAUCCACGCCACCACCAUCCAGCCAGAGUUCGUCACGUUCAGCUCAGAGUCUCGGGACUCCCUGUGCGAGCUCUCCUGUCGGACUCAGUGCGCUCCCAAACUUUGCUGCGGCUCUGCGGACAAACAGAACGCCGGCUCUGACAAGAAGCCCGGCAGUGACUGCAGACCUACUGCUGCCCCAGUCCUGGAGGUGAUCAGUGAGACCGCAGAGCAGGCAGCAGGCGCUCAGGUGCGCCCUCGGACUGAUGCUGAGGUUACCAUUACCAGAGAGGUGGAAUCGUCUCUGUGAGAUGUAGGGGACAGAUAGAAACAGAGGGAAGGCAGGAAAAUGACCACUUUGGGCAGAACCAUCACUGUCAUUUGCAGGAAGCUUUAUUCUUUAUGACCUGUUGUUUCCCCUAAUACUUUUACUUAGCUUUUUAUUCUGUUAUUGCCCUUUUACAUGCCAGACCUCUCUCCCACAUUUAUUCUUUGAGUUUGUAUUAGUUUUUGUUUUUCCAGCCUCUCCUCUGCUGCUCAGCCCCUCUCUCGUUUUGUCUGUAGCCCUGGCAGUAUAGUUGUGAUGCAUGUUGGGGUUCACGGACCUCAUCUUCUCCAGGACUGGAGCGAGGCCUGCAUGAGUGUCCCUCAUUAGCACCGUGUUGUGAUGCGUCAUCUCACCCUAUGGUGUUUUCUGUGCCAAAGCUUCUCACUGCAGGGCCGAAGGGAUCAAAGAGACAUCUUCUCCACAUGGACAGUGAACACAUCACUACGUUAUGUAGUUUAGCCUACUGCACCUCUUGAUAAAGAGUCUUGUUUUCGUGUAGGCUGUGAGCAAAUCUAUUUUCUUAUCCUCUGGCUGCAAGUGGAAUAGUAUUGUAUUACAAAAUAAUUUAAUUAUUUAAGUUAUUAGAAAUGAUCUAUCUCUAUUUGUAGAUGCUGUUUUAUAAUAUUUAGUUUGGGUGAUACAGAAAGAUUUUUGCAGUUUUUCUGCCUUUGGAUUUUUUCGACAGAACAUCUUUGCUGUACUGUUUUUCCCAAAUGUGAUGUUUUUACAAUGAUUUUGUUUUUCAGACUUCUCUCUGGCCUUGACUCAGUUUUAAUUGCAGUCAUUAAUGGGGUACAAAAGUCGUAUCAACACGUCUCACCUUGCCUUUUAAACAAACUGCUGUGGUAGAGCAUUAAGUAUAUUUGGCAUAGUGUAACAGAACGUCUUGCAACGGCAGUCUUCUAAUGAAAUGUUUUUUUUUUUCUUCAUAAAUUUGACGCCUUGGAAGCCAGAGGGUUGGAUCUGUUGUGAAGAAUUGAGCACUGUACACUAUUAGUUAUGAUGAACUAUUAUCUGUAUAAGCCUGUACUGGAAGUCUUUCUCAUGUUGGCUUAAUUUUCUUUUGAAAUCCUCAUGAAUGUGUUCGGCACCUCGUCAACAAUCCAUGCUGAGAGAGUUUUUAUAUUUCAAGGACCUUCUACCAUGUUUGCAUGACCAAACUGAGACCUGGUGUUCGACAUUUAACAGCUCCACUAAGAGCUCUAGUUGCUGCUUACCAGCACCUGCUGGUAUCCUCCAAUAUUAUUACUCAUGACUGUGUAGGGAAUGACUCAUAUAGCUAAUCUAUCCUCUGGUUUGGGCAGCUGAGUGGGCUGUUUGCUGAAUUAAAGUCCAUAUGGUGGCCUUUGAAAAUGUAUGAUGUUCCCUCAUAUGCACAUGUAUCAUCUAAAGUUGGUGUGUUUCAGAUCUCCACUCUUAAAUGUGUAUGCAAUAUAGAAAUAUGUGCUGGGAGAUUUUUUUUCUCCAUUUGUAAUGGUCACUUUUAUUCAGUCUUUUAUGACUUAAGCUCUAUGUGCAAAAUGAAAACAUUUUUUUUAUUUUAGAUAUGACAUGUCUGCUAAUGUGUUUUUGAUAUAUAUAUAUAUAUAUAUACACGUAUAUAUCCACAGUACCUGCCCAGUGUGUCAAUGUGAAAUAAAAACAAAAUAUGGCUGUUUGGUACAGCUGAGGA